AAAUGUGGUCAAACACUGUCUUGACUUCCUUUGUCUAAACUUGAUGCAUUAUAAUGAGUUUGAGAAUGUUGAAUCCACCAUGCAUGUCCACAGUUAAGCAAAGUUAAUCUCCAACUAAUUUCUUUGGUCUUUUUAUAGUUACAAUUUUGUCCUGUCUAUAAUUAAAAUUGACAAUGAAAUAUUUAACCAUAUUUACCCGUUCGACUUGAGUUGGUUUAUUUAUUUUUCUUUCUCAUUGGUUUUUGCGCCGGAUUCGGGAUCCAGCGCUCCGGCAUCGAACUCUGGAUGAGUUAAUUGCGUUGCGUUUUUUGGACAGUCACCUGGUUCCCGUCUUCUACAACCAGGUGCAGAAGUACCUGGGAAUUUAAUGGGUUGGAAUAGUUUCCAGUUCAUACUAAAGAUACUGGCGAAAAGUGUCGACUUGAUGAGCAACUAGGCUGGAAUAGAGGCCUAAAUUAAAUAUAUAUAUCGUAGUUUACUAUUUGCGACGAAGUUAGAUGGGAAUUUAGUACCUAUGCAUGGCCCGCUGGAGAAAUAGCUUUGAUAAAAGAUGUUUUUCGACUACCAGCUGCAUCCUUUUUUUGUUUCUGUUUUGUUUGUAUGUUUUUUGUCCGCUAUGGAUGAGGAUAACGUUCGCGUUUUAUUUUUUCUAAAUGUUGUCAUUAAUCUGGGAUGGAAUGGUACUGUGUUAACCUGAUGGAAAAUGUGAACUUUACCUCAAGUCCUGGCCAAACAGACUCGUAAGUAGUCGUAAGUACUCCCACAAGUUGAACUUGCGUAGAGACUUGCGUUUGGUGGCCAAUUGGACUCGUAAGUUUCCUCGCAAGUAUACGUAAGGCGCCAAAAACGUCAUUUCAUGGCUACGUGCUCACUCCCACGCGGCCAAUAUCCUGUGUUUUAUUUUCUAAUAGGUUGCUGUAACAACGAAUGGAGUCACUCAACUUGCGUUGACUUGGGUCGGGUGUUCAAACGGUGAAAAACUUGCGUCGACUUGCAUGCAAAUUUGGUCUUGACCAAAGCAAAGGCAAGUCAUUGCAAAUCAUCGCAAGAGCACGCAAGGCCUGGCCAAACGGAGUCGCAAGUACACCAAAGUUUGCAACUUGCGUCUACUUGCGAGUCCAUUUGGCCAGGGAUUUAAAUGCUGUUUGGCAUUGCUUUUGGAUAGAUUUUUACUAUAGGGAAAACAAUUAAGGCUCACACUUUAAAUGUAAAUAAUCAAUUGUACUUUCACCUGCUUUAAAAAUCCAUUUUCGGUCUUGGACUGUGCAUGUCCAAUAUCUUCAGUUUUUGGCUUAUCAUUGUACGCGAAAAAAUAUUCUGUCAGGAAAGCACAAUAAGUUAACAAAAGAAAUGGCUGUCGAUCCUAGAUCGUCGAUGAUCAUAUAUGUAUGUGGAAACCACUCCCCUAAGUAACCCAAGAGUCUUUCGCAGCACUUUAACUUGAAUGAUCACCAACGUAAUAAAAUGGACGAGUUGCCCGAAGAUAAUUAUUGUUAAAAUGGGAACAGCUAAUUGCGGGGAGAAUCAGGUAACCUAACUACUAUGAGUAGCUAACUCUCCGGAAGUCUGAUUUAAAUGUGAAAAGAAACGAGGAACCCUUGUUUUUACAGGAAAAAACCCCUGGUAGAGUGAAAUAAAAAUAGUUUGAUGGAGUUUGCUGUAAACAAUGUCAACGAAUUAUAAUUAAACAGAAAAUGCUCUCUCCAACAAAAUUAACAUCAGUAUUAGAAUUAAUGAAUGCGUCAAUAUCUUUUACCGGCCCUCAAAGGCUGUUUCUGUUCGGUGUAAUAAUUUCCGAAGGCGUCAUUUCUCAGAAACCAAACCUCGAAAACGUUUUUGCCGAAAAUGCUCUCGUGAGCAUUCAAAAUAAGUUGCAUGUUCGACAUUUUGCUAUUGUUGAUUUUCGUAAAUAGUAUCACCUGCUUUUCUAAUUGACCGGUGUUAAAUGUCAACGAUCAAUACAACUUCAGAAAAUGCUUUCAUUCUGAGAUACCUCGCUGUUUUCCACCUUUCCAUCCGCGCCGUUGUUCGAGGGCCGCAUACAGCGAGAGUUCAUUUUGGGUGGACAAAUUAGCGUUCAUUUGAGAGGACUUCAUAGAUUCAGAACAAGUGCGGUGAGCUCGAUGUCAGUGGCUUGUAUCACGCGCCGGCCAUGAUUUUUGCAAUUAAAGAGAUAAGUAAAGAUUCAAAUCUACCUCCAAAAUAACUUUCGUGAAAGAUUUACGAAAUUAUUGCCCCAGGCUAAGAAUCUUCGAGAAUCUUCGUGAGAAUCACUUUCUUUGUUACUGGCAGUGAUCGUAGAGUAUCUUCCUUGAAGACUUUCGCCUUAAAGACCCUAAAAGAAAUGGCGUUACUGGAUACCAGCGUUUGUAAAGGUCAAGUGAAACGAAGCAACGUUUGUAACAACAACUUUUGUUAGAACAAUUUCCCAACAAAUGGCGCUGCUUAGCAACAGCUCAUUGCGUCUGCGUACUUAGCUUAUUCCUAGUGCAACCUAUUCUUCAAAUCAGAAAUAGACAUUUUGAACAAUUUUAUAUCUUGGCCAUUUUUCAAGAAUUGAGGAAUUAUUCAAAAUAAAUUGUAUGUGCAGCAUGUCAAUGUUGCUGAGAUAGAUAAGCGACAAUACUGCCACCUGGCUUGGGAAUUCUGCAUUGUUGCUAGGAGUGGGCCGUCAAUACUUACAACUAAAUACACAAAGCAUUUCAUUUCCUACAUUUUAAAGAUGAAUAAUUUCAAGCCUCCAUCAUACAGCUACUUCGUCGUGUUCUACCUUACCAUCUUGUAUGGUGUUGUUCAAGGACCUUACAAAGAUGGAGAUGUCAUUUUGGGUGGACUUUUAAGGGUUCAUUUGAGAGGAGAUGCUGAAAACCAAUGCGGUGAGCUUGAUGUUGGGGGCUUAAAUCGCGUGUUCGCCAUGAUAUUUGCCAUUGGAAAGAUAAACAGCGAUUCAAAAUUACUUCCAAACAUAUCUAUUGGCUACGAUAUACGAGAUUAUUGCGAGGUUUCCCUAAAGGCUACACGAAUUUCUUACGAUCUUAUUAAAGACAAGCUCCUCACGAACAUGACGCAAGGUAAACUCGGAAGCAAAUCGAUCACGGCUCUAAUCGGUCCAGACGACUCUAGCACCGCUGUUGUUAUCGCUGGACUUCUUCAAGCCUUAAAUAUUUCAGCUAUCAGUCCGACUGCGACCAGUCCUGAACUAAGUGCUCAAACUUAUAAGUAUUUGUAUCGAACGGCGCCCUCGGAUGCCUUUAAAGGAAAAGCCAUGGCUGACCUCAUAGAGUACUUCAAAUGGAGUUAUGUCGCCGCUGUCGGACAAGAUGACACAUAUGGACGAAAUGGACUUUGGUCGGUAGUAAGAGAAGCUGACGCUAGAAACAAUUCAUUCUGCCUUGCUAUGACGACGUUUAUUCCGCAAGAAAGUCGCAUUUUGAGCAUUAAAAACAUUGUUACAACCCUUAGUCGGCGAGAAAAUAUCAGAGUUGUGAUUUUGUGGUUAUACGGUAGCUAUGCAAAGCACUUUUUCGAUGAGGUCUACAGACAAAACCUGACUGGGCGAGUCUGGAUCCUGAGCGACGUCCUCAUUUCUGAUUCCAUUCCAGGUUUUUCUUCCAUCCUUGAUGGAUCCAUAGUCGUCAAGCCUCAUACUUCUUCGGCCGACACCAAAUUUGAAGAACAUAAAAAUGAUUUAUCUAUUGCAACAAUUAAUGAAACCUUUCCGGAAUGGUGGAGCGAGAUAAAGACGCUUAUAACAGAUUGCUCGGCAGGUGAUGAGAACGCGAAUUCAACGGAGCAAUGUUUCCAUGAUUUUGUUCAGCGCAUGCAAGGUUCUUAUACUCCGUACGUCAUUGACGCUGUUUAUUCAAUGGCACAUGCUUUGAACAUCUUAGUCGAAAGCACCACAGUGAAGGAUAUAGAUUACAAGCUAAAAUCUACCAUGGAUAUUGAUGUGAUGAAAAGUCGCCUUUCUAGAGUUAGUUUUGCUGGACUAACGGGAAAUGUAAGUUUUGAUAAAGAUGGUGACACUGUUGUGAAAAAGAUGGCUUAUGACAUUGUCAAUUUUCAGCAAGUGGUAGAAGGUCACACUAAACGAACGAGACAGGUUCUUGUCGGACAAUGGAUAGAAAAUGAGCCCCACGCCAAACGGCUACAUUUUUCCCAUAACAUUCACUGGAACACUCCAGCUAACCGACCUCCAAAGUCUGAAUGCUUGGAGCAAUGCCCUGCUGGAACUAGAAAAUCCACCACUUCACCAUGUUGUUGGAACUGUGUCGCAUGUCCUCGUGGCACAGUCAAUCCAAUUCCUGGCUUGGAGACCUGCAUUGAAUGUCCCAGAGGAAAAAAAUCCAAUGAAGCCAGGACCCAUUGCGUGGAUCUACCAAGGUCCAAUCUCAAGUAUUCCAGCCCAGGAGGAAUAGCUAUUGUUGUAUUUACUGUUGCUGGUAUGGUAGCCACCCUCUUUUCGUUUGCUGUCACCUGUAGAUUUUGGAAUACUCCAAUUGUUAAGGCGUCUAACAGGAAGUUCAGCAUCGUCCUCCAGAUAAGCAUUCUGUUGCUCUUAACUCUGGUGGUCAUCAAUCUUCUUAAACCUUCAGAUACAAUAUGCAAAAUUACUUAUCCAUGGCGUUACUUAACUUACAACUUGUGCCUCUCAUUUCUACUAGUGAAAAUUUUGCGUAUUUCCAGUGCUUUCCAAAUUCCAUUAGCACGUCCACUUGUGGUAAUCUCUCUUACCAAUAGAAAGCAAGUAGUAAUCAUAAUAGCCAUGCAUAUUGUGUUGCUACUUGUGUUAAUACCCUGGCAGCUUCUGGAUCCACCUAUCAAAAAGAAACACAUUCUAACGGAACAGUACAUUUUUAUUGAGUGUAAAGCAUACCGCGAAAUAGUUGGCCAAGGCUUCUUCCUGGCAACGCGCUCUUACAUUCUCAUCCAAAUACUUUUUGCUUCAUUUUGUUCUUUUAAAAUAAGGAAAGUACCAGAAAACUUUAGUGAGGCUAAACGAAUAGCAUUUUCGAUGUACAUAUUUUCGUUUUCAUCACCUGGUUCCCGUCUUCUACAACCAGGUGCAGAAGUACCUGGGAAUUUAAUGGGUUGGAAUAGUUUCCAGUUCAUACUAAAGAUACUGGCGAAAAGUGUCGACUUGAUGAGCAACUAG